GGAGACGUACACCGGUUGUUUUUGUUUUCACUUUCGCGACGUUUUCGAAGUUUUGAGGCAGAAAUUCGACCGAAAAAUGGAUGAAAAUAAAGAUUGCAGCUUGUUGAUGAUCAUUUUAGACACGAAUCCAUCACAGAAAAUCCUUCAUUCAAAUCCGCAGCAUCUCACGACGUGCCUGGACUCGAUUGUAGCUUUCGCCAAUGCUCAUUUGAUGCAAAAAGCUGUGAAUAGUCUCGCGAUGAUUGCUUGUCAUCAUCAUGCAACGCAAUUUCUCUUCCCGAACCCCUCGAGGCAACAAAUGAACAUCCGACAAAUCGACGGGCAGUACGAAAUGUUUACUUUAGUCGAGAAAACCGUCAAACAGAAGCUGGCUCAGUUUAUUUCAUCUGCUCCUCGUAUUAAUACUCCGGUCGAAUCGAUGUUGGCAGGCGCUAUGGCGAUGGCUUUGUGUUAUAUUCAUCGCGUACAGAACAACAAACCAGUUGGGACGAAAAUAAAUCCUCGAAUUUUGGUUGUUACAGGCAGCACCGAAUGCGCUUCGCAGUACAUGACUUAUAUGAAUGUCUUUUUUACCGCUCAAAAGGAGGGAAUUGUGAUCGAUGUUUGUGCUUUGGAUAAGACUUUGAGUUUGUUGCAGCAAGGAGCUGAUAUCACAGGCGGGCAUUAUUUGAAGUUGCCACAAAUUGAUGGGUUUUUGCAGUAUUUGUUGUGGGUAUUUCUUCCUGAUCCAAGUACGCGACAGAAGCUCGUAUUACCUCCGCCAGUUAAAAUUGACUAUCGAGCUGCUUGUUUUUGUCAUCGGGAACUCAUUGACAUCGGUUAUGUUUGUUCCGUUUGUCUUUCAAUUUUUUGCAAAUUCAGUCCAAUUUGUACAACUUGCCACACAGUUUUCAAAACUCCCGCGCCAAUAACGGGCAAACCAAAGAAGAAAAAGGUCAAAACUUGAGAGUUCUAAAAUAAAAUUCAAUUUAAAUUCG